GGGGUGUGCGUGCUUGUUUGUGCCCCGUGAUUCGUAUUGUCACACUGUCACGGAUCCCGGUUCGGGGCACCGUCGCGAGAUUCAGUGGAAUUCAUCGUCGCCGUCGGGCUUCGAUGAAGAUGAAGCGGAUGAAGAGCGAGGUGAUCAGCGCGACGAUCGAGUCUUACUUAAAACGGCGUCAUUAUCAGACCCACGAUUAUCGCAAGGGCGAUCAGUUGUUCUGUCAGAACAGCGAUCAGACAACAUUGAACGCGACCGCGGAGUGCGGCACUUCGCAGGACAACUCGAUCGUUUUCAGUGCCAUCACCAUUGACAUCGCUGCGGCAGAUCAGGCAUAUCAGCGAUUGAAGAAAUGGAUGAGCGUCGUAUUCAACGAAAAAUUACGAAUAGAAUUGCAAGGACUUUUGUAUCCGAUAUUUUGUCAUCUUUAUUUAGAGAUGUUACAUGCUGGUAAUCGCCAAGCUGCAAUCCAAUUCUUAAAGACGCAUCAGAAUGAGUUUAUGAGUGAUACAGAGAAAGACUUUUUAGAGGAAUUAUCUAGUGUAUUUUCGGUGCAAGACAUUGAGCUGAGGCCUUUGGUAAAUGCGUUCAGAACUAGAAAGUAUAAAGUAGAUCUGUCCGAAUCGGCACAUAUUUGCCUGAGACAAUAUCUUACCAAAUAUGGACACAUAAUAUUAAUGCAGAUUAUAAAUACACACAUCACAAUAAUUAGAAAAACAGGCAGCCUUCAAAUGGAUGGAGAAGUACCUGAAGAGAAAAGUCAAAGAUAUGAAACAAGUAUUAAUGGUCACGUGGAACAACCAUCUGGUACUGGUGUGGAUCGUGAAAUGAGGGAAUUACAGGAAGCUAUACGAUUGAUACAACAUAAUUCUCAUCAAGCAUUAAGAUUAUUUACAGUGAAAAAUGCUAUAGAAAAUGCAAGUUGCGGUCUUAUUGCACCUAAAAUGGAUAAGUUAGCUGUAGGUUUUAGUACAGCUGAAAUACGUUUGUGGGCUAUAGGCGAUACAGUCUUGGUCAAGAAAAAUGAUAAGCAAACGUGUGUUCCGUCUACCUGUGAUAUAUCACCAUUUUAUAAAUUCAACGAGCAAGAAAGCACAGUAAGAAGCGAAGCAGGGGCCAUAAUAUUAAGAGGACAUACGGAUGUAGUACACGAUUUAAGAUUUAUUCCAGAGGUAGAUAUUCUUCUUUCUGUAUCGAGCGACAAAGAUAUGAGAGCAUGGAAACUCAAUAAUUAUUCAUGUACAGCAAUAUAUAGCGGUCAUAGCUAUCCUAUAUGGUGCAUGGAUACCAGUGUGUUCAAUUUAUAUAUCGGCACAGGCUCACAUGACAGAACUGCAAAAUUGUGGUCAUUGGAUAGAACAUUUCCCUUGAGAAUAUUUGCAGGUCAUUUUUUAGAUGUCAAUUGCAUAAAAUUUCAUCCAAACGCAAGAUACUUAGCGACUGGUUCCGCUGAUAAAACUGUAAGAUUAUGGUCAAAAGAUGAUGGGAAUCUAUUGCGAGUAUAUGUUGGAGCACAAUCGACUAUUUACACUUUAGUUUUUAGUCCAGAUGGUAAAUAUCUGGCUGCUGCAGGUGACGAUAAGUCCAUAUAUAUAUGGGAUUUAGCAACUAAUGGUUUACUGACUGAACUGAAAGGUCAUAAAGAUACAAUCAUGAAUGUAGAUUGGAGUUUAGAUAACCAAUAUAUCGCUAGUGCAAGCUUAGACGGAAUCGUACGAUUGUGGCCUACUCAAGAUUUCAUCAAAACAUUGAAUGGAGGAUCGUCAACUACUAUGUUGCAAUCAGAAACACCACAAAUUUAUUCAACGUAUUGCUCAAGCAUUCUCUCACUGAAUUAUUACAAAAAAAGCAAUUCGUUAAUUUGUAUCGGUACUAAGUAA